CACACGGGGACUAUUUGUCUAGGAGGCCAAAGACCCGGUUUUUCGGUUGGCCGGCCGCCGCCCUAUUAAACAUUGUCCAAAUAAUUACUUCAAUGACCAGCAAUGUCGGACGGCAGAUCGGAUUCGGGGCUGGGCCUACGUUUUCUCGAUUUGAAUGACGAUGAGGACGACAACAGCCCAUGCAAAGGCCGCUUGCGCCGCUCCAGGAGUCAAACGAGCAAAUCAGUCCCCGUAACGCCGCAUGCCUCUUCACCGCAAAUUUCAACGCCCUCUCUACCCUCACCGAUGAGCUAUCGGGGCUUCUCACCUCUCUCACCGACUCCUCGCCAGCAAUUUUCAACGCCCGGUGGUUAUUUCUCAACGCCGGUGGCUAAGAGCCCCCUGGCGCGCUCAUGGACCGAGGAUGAUCUCACUGCAUCAACCCAUUCACAUGGGACUGAGAAAACGAAUGAGAACACUGAAAAUACUCGAGAUACUCUCGGUCUGAUCCAGCGGCUCAAUGACUUGGCGCAAAAGCUCCUCGCGGGCGAAGAUGUACCUGACACCAACGUUAGCGCCAUGCACGGAAAGCUUGAUGAGAUCGAUACAGUUCUAGCCGGAGAGCCGCCUCAAGCAACACCACAGGGCAAGCCAAAGAACUGGCAGGCGGACGCUCGGAGUGUCGAGCACGAGUCCUUGUGGACUUCGCCUUCGCCGUCAUGGUUCCGGUCUGGCCUCUCAGAAAUCUCGCCGUCCUUCCGCAGCUCAUUUAGAAGAGAUACGCUCUCGCCCGAACCUACCGUCGAAAGGAAGCCUGCGGUUGAUACUUUCCGCAUCGCAUCCGAAGCAGCAAAACUCAACAUUGAGCUAGAAUCCCUCGUCACAAACCUCAAGGCCCGUCAAGAGGAAUCCGAGCACAUCCACCAACUUCUCGUGACCCGCGCAGAACGCGCAGCACAAAGAAUCAUUUUCCUUCAAGGUCGAGUACAAAGCUUGGAAGAGGAACUCCAAGAAAACGACUCAGAACUCAGCUACCUGCGCCUAGGCCUGAAGGCUAUAGAAGUGCAGUGCCCAACCGAUAUUGACGAUGACCUCGCCCAGAGUAUUCAAAACUGGAAGACUGACUGGACCGCUCUCAAACGAAAACGCUCCAAGCAUAAAAGCUACGACCGCUCCGCUUACAGCACACCCGCGGGCACGCCGUUACGGCGGUGACUCUGACCCCGACUUUGUUUUACAGCUUUCGUCUUUGAUGCGUGAUGACUAUAGAGAUUUGAACGAGUGAUGAAGCCACAAAAGUUAUCAAGUACGGUUACGACUGAAGCAUAGCAAUGGUGUUUGGAAAGAUAGCAGGAUACCCAGUCCACGCAAUCUCGCAUUUCCUCUUAGGUCCCUUUACUACAGCAUAGCGGAUACCACAAAAAGUCACGAUUACAGUUUCUUGUUUUACCU